AUGUCAAAGCUGGAAGAGGCAGAUAUUGAUGUUUCUGGAAAUAUCGGGAAUAUUCUUGAAUCGAUUACAUCCGUCAGACGUCUUUCGUUACACUUAUCCUUGAGCAGUGGAAAAGAGUUAGUGUAUCGUCCCGGAAUUGUCUUCAGCCAGCUUGAACAUGUGAACCUAUCUAUAAAGACCAACAAUUGGUCGAAAUUACUUGUUUGGUUGCUCGGAAAUUCUCCUAAACUGCGGGCCCUCAAUCUAUAUCUUGGUAUAUUUUCAAUUUUCGAAGUGUAUGAACCGGUCACGUGGAGCUCUGUUCCUGAAUGUUUGUUGAGAAGUCUCGAAACAUUGGAGUUUUCAGGUUACGGGGGAUCACAAGAAGAGAUAGAUUUCUUGAGUUUCUUCUUUAGACACGCUUCUUGUUUGAAGUCUUAUUCGAUCACCAAUUAUGUUCCAUGA